UGUUAAUGUUUCAGUUUCUCAGACCAUGGAUGAUGAUGAUGAACUCUUCAUCGUUUCUCAACCAGUUGAAGAUAUCCAUAAAAACCCAACAAAUUUAGCAGAUCCAACAUUACAAUUGCCCGAUCAUAUUCUCCAUUGGAUAUUUUUCUACCUUAGUUUUCAUGACCUACUUCAUGUCCGCCUUGUUUCGAAAAAUUGGCAUCGUAACACACCAUCACACUUCAAUUCCCACUUUAAUGAAUCCCUUUUCCGUGAAUAUAAUUCAAGUAAAUACUUUCAUAACGAAUUAUGGGAUUCAAUCCAUUCUUCUAUCGACGCUUCUAAAAAUAAUAAGUUGAUCAAUGCUGAGAAAAGAGUAUUGCACGUUCAAUUUAUCGAUGGCAGGUAUAUCCAUGAUAUAAUGAAAUUGCUAGACGCAAACAAUUUCCACGAGGUUUAUUUGAGAAUUGAGCUUCAACUUCAUUGUAAAUAUUUUCCCUAUAUUUUUCAGUCGAAAUGUCUUACUAUUCUUCAUUUAACCAAUUGUGAACUUGAUAACCAUGUGUUAUGUGAUGAAGUAAUAAUUCCCUCUUUGCAAGAGUUGAAAUUGGAACGCGUCGCGUUAGGUGAAGAAAUACUAUGCAAGUUUCUUAGUAAGUUCCCUAAUAUUAGAGAAUUGAGUUUGGUGUGUUGCUGGAGGACAUACUUUAUUAUAUUUAUUAAGUUAAAUCGUUUGAAGAGAUUCUAUGUAGACCUCAAUAAUUUUCGUUCUUUUAUAAACAUACAAGUUAUUGCUCCGAGUUUACAAGUUUUUCGUUUCGUUUUUCGGAGUCGCAGAAGAAACAUUAAUGUUCCUGUUAACAUGGAUAUUCGUGCUUGCAAAAUGUUGCGGGAAUUUCACUUGAAUUGUUCGAAAUUUCCUCGUGGUCUUGAUCCUGAAAAUUUCUGUUUAGAUUUUCCUCAUCUUGAAACUUUGUUACUUGGCCCUUGUCAGACAAACAAGCCCAUCAAAAUUUCAGGUACAUCCCUCAGAAAAUGGAUCUUAUCCAUCCCGCAGGUAUAUGAAUGUUCAAGAAAAAGUAUAGUCUCUUCUCCUAAUUUGUCUUCUUUCCAAUAUAAGGGUACAAUGUUUCAACCAUAUUUAGCUCCUCCAAGUGAUACUUCAAAGCAUUUAGAGAUCAACUAUAAUAUUGUAUUGGUUCCUAAAAUUUAUGAGAUCAUGAAAAGAGCUUGGUUCCUCAAAUUGAGAAGUUAUCUUCAGAAUUUUAGCAACCACAAUACAAGAUUGGACAUACGCAUUCGUGAAGAGACAAGUUCAAGUGAACAUCUUACGAACAAGCCAAGUGUACGAGCUCCAACACAGCCGCUACAUUAUAUCAAACACUUAAUGGUAGACUGAUUCAUGAACAAGCUCAAAUAUCUACAUGAAAAUUUGAUGAGAUAUAUUAUUGAUAACUUACUUUGGAUGUCUCAUCCAAACACAUUGACUCUAUCAAUACCCUCUAGUUUUUCUCCAACUGCACUUGGAGUAAUCAAGAAGUUGUAUGGCAGAAGGAAUCGCUAUUGUUGUACAGUUACUCAUGACAAGUGUUGGCACCAUUUCUUAAAAUAUUUUGAGGUUAAAGAAGAAGAAAAAGGGCAUCCCAAUGCACGAAGUUCCCCCUAUACCCAUCCAUGGAAGGUUAAAGAAGAUAGUGUUAAAAAGGACAAGCUGACGAAGCUCAUUUUGAUAUUUACUUGGAAAUUCAAUAGUUAGGCCACUCCCUUAUUCGUUUUGUGGUUUGUUGCUUUUACAGGAUGAAUUUUGGUCCGCAAUUAGCAUGGCUCAAGAGCUUUAAUAAUUAUUUAUAUAGUCUUUUUGAUUGUCAUCUAACUCUUCUCUUUAGUUAUACAAAAGCUUUUGUAUAAGAUAGCAACAUCCUUCCUGUAAACAUUAUAUAAAGAGCCAGGCUUACAAAUUGUACAGUACUAAUAAUGGCAAUCAAGUAACAUCUAAAAUACCAAAUAUGGAA